GGUUAGAGAAGGAUAUUGCGAGGAAGGAUCCGGCGGAUCAAGAAUAGAUAUUUAUAAACAAAAAUAAAUAAAAUAAAAACACUAACAAUCAACACGCAAACAUGUCUUCAAAUCCCAACAGCAUGCCGGAUCCGCGGAGACCAAACAAGAUCCUGAGGUACAAGCCGCCCUCCACAGAGAGCAACCCUGCGCUGGAGGACCCCACCCCGGACUACAUGAACCUGCUGGGCAUGAUCUUCAGCAUGUGUGGGCUCAUGCUCAAGUUGAAGUGGUGUGCCUGGAUCGCAGUCUAUUGCUCCUUCAUCAGCUUCGCUAACUCCCGCAGCUCCGAGGACACCAAGCAGAUGAUGAGCAGCUUCAUGUUGUCCAUCUCAGCAGUGGUCAUGUCCUACUUGCAGAACCCCCAGCCCAUGUCCCCUCCCUGGUAACAGACCCGCCCCUCCGUGCCCGUCUGUGUCGGCUGGACAGGGCAGGGGACAGACAGACAGGAGAGCAGGUGAAUGAAGAGAGGGACAGUCAUGCAGGAUCCGGAAUGGAGCUGGAAGAGGACAUGCACAGAGCAGAGCUGCCACACACAGUAACCGUGUUGUGCUGUGAGGGUCAUUUGAACAGGAGUUCUGCGUCUCUCUCACACUGACUGAUACACCCACACUGACCUUCCUGUCUGUUCCAGAUUCGUUGCAAUCACAGUGCGAUUGAAAUUCUACCACAUGACUGGUGGAUCGCGGCUCAGUUACACAUUGAUUUGUCAUCCUGUCGUUACUCUUGUAUUUUCAACCCCCCCCCCUCAUUUGUUUGAAAUAAUAAAGGUUCAGCGGUAUGCUCCUGUA